CCAGCAUCCAUUCCAUGCGGCCAGAUAGAGCCAGAUAUACAACGACCAGCUCCACGGCUCCACGCUACCGCCAUGCGCAGCUCAAGGACUCCUAUUCUACAUAUAUUUGUCGUCUCGCCGAAUGUAUAAGCCGACACGUUCCUAUCUCGACUUGGGCAACGAAAAAGCCUUCCCCUUCAACACGGGCGACAAUCAAACCCUGGGGAAGCAUCGACCUCCUAUUCUGCGAAUUUUAAUCACCCACAGAACUAACGACCACUUUACGGACUGACUUACGACACAUCUCUGCCUAUUCGAUUCUGUAUUUCUGUUGUGACGGACAUAUCAAGCAGCGAACAGCGUUGCAAUUGUUGCCGACAGAGCCCAAGGGAAAAUCAGCACAAUCAUCGGGGAGAGCAAGAUAUACAUACGGAAACAAAUAGAGCGGUCGAAUUCUCUCGCUCGACGCUCCUUUUUUUUUCAUAUUCGCAUUCGCAUUCACAUACCCUCCUUUUACACGAUGGUGAACUGGCUCAGUUUAACCUUUCCCAUCGCCUACAUAGGCAUCCUCGUCGGCUCGUUAGCGACCUUCUCCUCCCUAUAUCGCAAACGGAAAGCUGCUAAAUCCACCUCCUUAACGCCAUGGUUCCCUCCACAUUUACAACGAGAUAUAUACCUCUCCCUCACCUGCCUUCACGAGGAGCCAAGCACAUCUAAAGCGCCAACAACGACAUCAACAAAGGAGAAGAAGGUACCUGAGACCGUGCUAAAGGCAGCUCUCCUCCGACGUGCGGCAGAGGAUAUCCGCCGUCUGAUCGAGUUGCGCAGCCAAAAGCCGGCGCUCGCGGGUCUGUUGCAGAAGGGCAGUGUUGGUGAUGAUUUGUGGCAGCGGUUUCUGAGGGCGGAGAAAGAGAUGGAGGAGGAGGUCAGAGAUGUGGUUGCGGAGGCCAACCUCUUCGUCCCCAACUGGGGCAGCACCAUCUUCCAGUCCGCCAAUGAAAUGGUUGUCAACAACCUUCUCCGCGAACGAGUCGAGGAGAUCCAAUCUACCGUUAAGGAGGAGAGGGAAUGGUGGGAUAAGAAGAAGGCUAGCAUCCAAGAAGAAUUCAUGAAGGAGUUGAUAACCGAUUCUUCUACUAAACAGACCAGUGCGGGUUCGGGCUCUGCACCAAUUAGACAGAAUAGUAGUGAUGAUGAUGCCGUGUUGGUUGAGAGUGGCGGACCCGCUGUUGGUGGCGGCGGUGGUGGUAAGAACAAGAAGAAGAAGGGCAAGAAGUGAGGUUGAUGUUUUGAUAUCCUUCCUUUCCCUCUCCUUUCUCUACUUACGAUAAGGUCACUCACUACUUUCGUGACUUGUCCAUGGAUGGGUGUUGGUACUCAGGCACCGUUGGGUCUAUGUUUGACGUUUACUUUGGCCCGAAUGGCCCAAUUCUCGAAAACGGUUUGUGCGCCAUAUACAUUUUAUUGAUCCUGCUGUUUUGUUGUUUUUGUUUCCUUAGACAUACGGAAAAAUGGGGUUCGGAAACUUUUUUUACUCCUUUAUUAUUAUUUUGCUACGUCUCCUUUUCUCCCGCGCCCCUGGUUGAACACUAAUUAUUAUUGUACCAAACCUCUUUUUACUGUAGCACCAGGUGUUUUCCUUAUCUCCUGUGGUAUAUACGCUGCUUAUUAUCGCGCUGGCAUAUCCUACCGACUGACAGUUUUAUCCUUUUCCUUUCUGGAGUUUAUUAUUAUUAUAUUUUAUUAUAUCCUUGUGUGUAUGGAUUGUUAUUCAUAGUUAUUAUCAAUCAAGAGGUAUGCAAUAGAGCAGCAUUGCAAAUAUUUGAGAGCGCGGGGAUGAAGGCCCCGCUUUGUCGAACAACACCUUGUCCUCCGGCUGUUGCUGGAUCUUGCGUGCCGCGAGGUGACACGAGAAGCUCGCAUUGCAUCAAAGCGCAUAUACUCGGUUAAUACGUCUGCCAAAGGCAUGUAUUAUCAUUUACUUUUUGCUAUGGUACAAUAAAAAAUAUGCGAUUAUAGUUGCCCCCCUUUUGUCCAAACUUAUCCCAGAUACGCCUGUCAUCUCCGCCCAGGAGAAGUAGUGAACUUUCUAUGAUACAUAACGGUCAAAC